GGGCCUGAACCCGAGUUUGGGCCUGAAGUCCUUGCUGCAGACCUGAAUGCUGAAAUCUGGGACUUGAGACCUCCUAAUCUUGACUCAGCACCCCAAUAUCUGAAUGCACCACCCCGGGGUCGGAUCUCGGACUCUAAACCCCACCGUUUGGCUGCUUAGCAUCCCAAGACUGGACCUGGGAGACCCUGACCCUGAACAACCCAAACUGGACCCCUAAAACUGGACCCCAGAGGCCCGAUAUUUUGGGGUCUGGGACCCUGAGUAUUAAAGUCUGGAGACUCCGUUGCCACAGAUUUGAGCCUAGUCAGGACACAGUCCCUCUACAGAAGCCUUGGGGACAGGAAAGGCAUGACCAGAUGCUCCCUCCAGAGUCCUGACCUCUGACUCCCCUGGAGCUAGAACUCUGCUCCCUGGGGCAGCUUCUAGCUCAGGACACUCCUGCCCGCGAUGGCCAUCCUCCCGUUGCUCCUGUGCCUGCUGCCGCUGGCCCCCGCCUCAUCUCCACCCCAGUCAGCCACACCGAGCCUGUGUCCCCGCCGCUGCCGCUGCCAGACACAAUCGCUGCCCCUAAGCGUGCUGUGCCCAGGGGCGGGCCUCCUGUUCGUGCCACCCUCGCUGGACCGUCGGGCAGCCGAACUGCGCCUGGCAGACAACUUCAUCGCCUCCGUGCGCCGCCGCGACCUGGCCAACAUGACGGGCCUGCUGCAUCUGAGCCUGUCUCGGAAUACCAUCCGCCACGUGGCCGCUGGCGCCUUCGCCGACCUACGGGCCCUGCGUGCGCUGCACCUGGAUGGCAACCGGCUGACCUCACUGGGCGAGGGCCAGCUGCGUGGCCUGGUCAACUUGCGCCACCUCAUCCUCAGCAACAACCAGCUGGCAGCGCUGGCAGCCAGCGCCCUGGAUGACUGUGCCGAGACGCUGGAGGACCUCGAUCUCUCCUACAACAACCUCGAACAGCUGCCCUGGGAGGCCCUGGGCCGCCUGGGCAAUGUCAACACAUUGGGCCUUGACCACAACCUGCUGGCUUCCGUGCCCGCCGGCGCCUUUUCCCGCCUGCACAAGCUGGCCCGGCUGGACAUGACCUCCAACCGCCUGACCACAAUCCCACCUGACCCGCUCUUCUCCCGCCUGCCCCUGCUUGCCAGGCCCCGGGGCUCGCCCGCCUCUGCCCUGGUGCUGGCCUUUGGCGGGAACCCACUGCACUGCAACUGCGAGCUGGUGUGGCUGCGUCGCCUGGCGCGGGAGGAUGACCUCGAGGCCUGUGCAUCCCCACCCGCUCUGGGCGGCCGCUACUUCUGGGCGGUGGGCGAGGAGGAGUUUGUCUGCGAGCCACCCGUGGUGACUCACCGCUCGCCACCCCUGGCAGUGCCCGCAGGUCGGCCAGCUGCCCUGCGCUGCCGGGCAGUGGGGGACCCAGAGCCCCGUGUGCGUUGGGUGUCACCCCAGGGCCGGCUGCUGGGCAACUCGAGCCGUGCCCGCGCCUUCCCCAAUGGGACGCUGGAGCUGCUGGUCACCGAGCCGGGUGAUGGUGGCAUCUUCACUUGCAUCGCGGCCAAUGCAGCUGGUGAGGCCACAGCUGCUGUGGAGCUGACUGUGGGCCCCCCACCGCCUCCUCAGCUAGCCAACAGCACCAGCUGUGACCCCCCGCGGGACGGGGAUCCUGAUGCUCUCACCCCACCCUCCGCUGCCUCUGCCUCUGCCAAGGCGGCCGACACUGGGCCCUCUACCGACCGUGGCGUCCAGGUGACUGAGCACGGGGCCACAGCUGCUCUCGUCCAGUGGCCGGAUCAGCGGCCUAUCCCGGGCAUCCGCAUGUACCAGAUCCAGUACAACAGCUCAGCUGAUGACAUCCUCGUCUACAGGAUGAUCCCGGCGGACAGCCGCUCGUUCCUGCUGACGGACCUGGCGUCGGGCCGGGCCUACGACCUGUGCGUGCUCGCCGUGUACGAGGACAGCGCCACGGGGCUCACAGCCACACGGCCUGUGGGCUGCGCCCGCUUCUCCACCGAACCCGCGCUGCGGCCAUGCGGGGCGCCGCACGCUCCCUUCCUGGGCGGCACGAUGAUCAUCGCGCUGGGCGGCGUCAUCGUAGCCUCGGUACUGGUCUUCAUCUUCGUGCUGCUGAUGCGCUACAAGGUGCACGGCGGCCAGCCCCCCGGCAAGGCCAAGACUCCCGCGCCUGUCAGCAGCGUUUGCUCCCAGACCAAUGGCGCCCUGGGCCCCCCGCCCACACCCGCCCCGCCCGCCCCUGAGCCGGCGGCGCUCAGGGCCCACACCGUGGUCCAGCUGGACUGCGAGCCCUGGGGGCCCGGCCACGAACCUGUGGGACCCUAGCCAGGCGCCCCCCCUCUAAGGCUUCUCUGGCCCCACGGACAGCAGGACCCGGACACCCUGUGGGACCUGGCCUCAGACUCACCAAAUUGCUCAUGGUUUUUAAAACUCUGAUGGGGAGGGUGUCGGGGACACAGGGCACAACAAGAAAGUCC